AUGGCUUCUGGUGAUGUGAACUACCCCAACACGGGCAGCAUCAGUGAUGUUGUGACCAAGGGUCCCCUCGUCGACAACGUGAAAUCCGAAGCUUCCCGCACCGGCAACGAGCUCCGGGACCUGUCCAACGCCCGUGUGACCCCCUCAACCACCACCGCCGAUGGCCAGCCUUUGACCCAUUACCACUCUCUUCUGUACAGCCUUCUGAGUUGGGAGCAACCCCGCGCGACCGCGGUUUCCUACGCCAGCGUGAUCAGCUUCAUCUUCGCCGCUCGCUACCUGCCUCUUCUCCGCUGGGUCUUCAAGUUCCUGUACAUGUCUUUGGGGGCAACUGCCGCCGUUGAAAUUGCCGGUCAUGUCGUUCUCAAGCGCGGUAUCGCCAGUGGAUUCCGUCCUCGUCGCUAUUACACCAUCCCCAAGGAGACCGUUGAAGCUGUGCUCGAGGACCUCGAGCAGCUGGUGGACUUUUUCCUGAUCGAGUUCCAGCGUAUUUUGUUUGCCGAGAACGUUCUCCACACUAUCCUGGCUUUCACUGCUGCCUUCACUGGCUACUGGCUGAUCCGCUUCGUCCCCUUCUGGGGCUUGGCCGUCAUUGCCGUGACCACCACAUACUUCGCUCCCCUCGUCUACAUCAGCAACCGCGAGAUCAUCGAUGAGCAGAUCGUCAACGUGCAGGAAAUCAUCAAUGACCAGACCAACCAACUGUGUGAUCUGGCAGGUGAGCGCACCUCCCAGGCCACCGGCCUGAUGAAGCAGUAUGUCGGCGAGUACAGCUCCAAGGCCCAGGGAUACAUUGGUUCUCGCCGCUCCACCUCCCCCGAGGUCACCAAGGUUGUCAGCCCCAUCAAGCACGAGGUCAUUAGCGAGUCUGCCAAGACCGAGCCCUUGGAGAGCUUCACUGCCCCUGUUGCCGAGACUGUUCCCGCUAUCAAGACCGAGGACUUCCCCGAAGCUCCCCAGGCGGCCCCCGUUGCUCAGAAUCUCGACUCUGACAUCGUUGCCUCCAUCGAGCCCGCGGAGCAGGCUGGUGACCGUGAGCCCCUGGUUGCCAUCUAA